CAAGCCAACUUUUAGUGCCUCAAGUGCAUUACAAACUUCUUGAUACAACGGGUGAUAAAAAGAAAUGGACUAGAUUGGUAUGGUCCCCUUAUACAAUUCCCAAGCAUGCAUUUAUACUUUAGAUCGCAUGUUUAGACAGGCCGCCUACAAAAUACAAAAUAAAGAGGUUUGGUAUUGUUGAUGAGGACACGUGUCCACUUUGCUGUGAUCAAAUUGAAACCAAGAGCCACCUCUUUUUUGAGUGUGCUUACGGCUUACAAGUUUGGAAAACUGCCAUGAGAUUCAUUCAAUUACCAGAUGCCCCUUGUAGAUGGAAUGAUAUCAUUGAAUGGAUGGAGAGGUUACGAGAGGAAAAUCUGUAGUUCAGGGCAUUUGCAGCUUGCAUAUAUCAUUUGUGGAUAUCCAGAAAUGAAAAUAUUUUUCAGCAUAAGUUCAUCUCAAUGGAGCAAUGCUUGCAAGAGAUUGACCCUGAAUUUUUACCUAGAAGAAGAUGAUCUUGGCAAUGAGAUUUUCUUUUGAUUUGUGAGAGUUACCAUUGAUGUUAGUAUUGGAGAGAGACUUUCUUUUAGUUAGUUUGAGUGUGAAUAAGAUCAAUUACUCACCCGGGGGUAAAUAAAAAAAAAAAAACUUUUGCAGUCCCGUGCGCCUCAUUGCAUUUGUUUAUAGCUGUGCCAGCUAAAGGGUCGGCCGUGAUUAAUCUAUCUUAGUCAACCGCACCUCUCGGAUUAAUUAAUCCAUCCCUUUUGCUGUCUCCUUUUCAAACAAAUGAAAAACUGAUCAGAAACCAGCUAUCUGAACUCUCACCGCAAUCCUCAUCAAGCUGGUCUCCAUUGGGGCCGGCGAAGAGGAAGAUAAAUGUCACUGCAGGGAGAAAUCAAGGCCCUCGUCAAGGUAACAGCAUGGGUCAUCAUAUCAAUGACCUACGCUCGCCAUGCAUCUUCAAGAAUAAGAUCGGGAAAGCCCCGGCUUCUCUCUCUCCUCCCGAUCAUCCUCCUCCUCCUGCAUCUCCCUUGGUCCUUCGCCUCCGUCAAUCUCCGCGGCGGCUUCGCCUUCUUGCUCGCCUGGCUCGCUGUAUUCAAGCUCCUCCUCCUCUCCUUCGGCGUGGGCUCCCUCUCCCCCUCCCUCCCCCUCCCCACCUUCAUCGCCACCUCAUCACUCCCCGUCAAGCUAGCACUCAGCCGUUCCGAAUCCCCAUCCUCCUCCAUACUUGCCACUUCUUGCAUCAAAACCCUCUUGCUUGCUCUCCUUUUCCCUCUUUACAGCUAUAAAUCUGCAAUCAAUUCAUACCUACUGCUAGUUAUCUAUUCAUUACACAUUUACCUCAUCCUGGAGAUCGCACUAUCCAUUACGGGGUUCCUCGCCAGCUCGCUCGGGCUCGACAUCGAGCCCCAGUUCAACGCCCCAUUAAAAUCCGAAUCCUUACAGGAUUUCUGGGGCCGACGAUGGAACCUGAUGGUCACCAGCAUCCUGCGACCUUCCGUCUACUACCCAGUCCGAUCCCGCUUCGGCACGAUCGCAGGAGUCAUGGCCGCGUUUCUGGUCUCUGGGCUGAUGCACGAGGGGCUCAGUACUGUGGCGGAGGUGACGGCGAGAGGCUGGGUGGUGGAGGCCGAUGCAUCCGGUGGUGGGCGGUGGACGACGCUGGGGUUUGUGCUUCUGACCUCGUUUUGGCUGUUUUUUCCGCCGUUUUUGAGGGGAGAAGCGGAGGAGAACUGGUUGCAGGAGUAUAUGGAGGUGGCGAGGUUGGUGGAGGUGCGAGGAGAGGCUAUGUUAAGGCGACUGACCGGGUAAGCUAAGAAUUCGCUUGACCAUGGAAAUUGUAACGCGUUGUUGUGGACGCAUAAUUGUGAUUCUUCAAAAUGUAGCUCUAUCAGUGUUUUCUUUUC